AUGCCUAGCCAUGAAAUCCUCGCCUUAUCAAGAGAAGCCAAACACGAUUACUCCAAGGGGGCGCCUAGCAGCUGGUACGCAGACUCACUUCAAGAAGGUCUCGUCUAUGGCAGCCACAGGGCCAGAACUGCUCCAACAAAUGCAUCUUUCCUCCGCACCUGCCGCCUCAUAAACACCGAGGCCACCCCCAUCUUCUAUGGCGCAAACAAGAUCAUUGUAUACGCCGAGGAUAACAACGACAUCUUCUACUGGUUACUUGAUAUCGGUGAGCGCAACAGAAGAGCCAUACGUCACCUCGAAAUCGGCUGGGCCUACGGUGUCAGUAUCGAGUCUGGGAGAGGCAACAUACACGGCAUCCUAGAGAAGAUUGAAGAUAUGGGGGAAUCGGAAGAUGACGAAAUUCGAGAGCACCGGCAACAAUUGAUCGACAUGGUGAAGCGACUUGAGAAAAAGACCAUCCGCCUCAUUGUCCGCACCCUCCACCUCCUUGUCACCAACCAAGGCCUCCAAUCCCUUUCAGUCUACCUCCCUGGCGUCGACGGUGGCGACAUUUGGGACCUUCCCAACCCAAAUUUCUACUUCGCCGAAGAACUCUUUUCAAACUCCACCACAAGUGUACACGCUUGCAUCCCCGAAGCCCUGGCAAGAAUGAUCGGCAUCAAGACCCUCACUAUUGGCUACACCAAAGACAUCGAACUAGCCGAGGAAAUCGCCAGGGCCACAGGAGCGAAACAGUUGUUAAUCGAAACGAUGCCGGAGGGCAACACGUUAAUGUUGAGUGCAGCAGAGCAGGCCGAAUGGGCAAGCAGAGGUUGGAGUUUAGAAGGCAGGACGGCGAAGAAGGCGCUGAAACCAAAUACUGUCGAGGAUUACUCGGGGAAUGGGACCGAGGAGGAGAGGAAGAAUGAGGUGCAGAAAGGAUACAUAAGCGAGGGAUAUGCCGAGGGUGGGAGAUUGAAGGCAAGCAUGCUCCAUGAUAUGGGGAGUGAAGAGUCUAGUGAAGUGAUUGAUGACUCGAGUUCGGGCCAGGACUACGAUUGA